AUGAAAAAUUCAAUAAUUUCAACUAGAUGUAUGCUUGGCUUAUUGAAGUUAAUCGAACAAGAACGACGAGGUGAAACAAUUGAUCGAAGUUUAGUUAAAAGUCUUAUUCGAAUGUUGAUUGAUCUUCAUCUUUAUAAAGUUGACUUUGAACAGUUGUUUCUUCAAUCGACUGAAGAACUUUAUCGUAAUGAAGGUCGUCAAUUGAUUCAAACAUUAGAAUUAAGUCAAUAUCUUUCACAUAUCGAACGUCGUCUAUGGGAAGAACAAUCCCGUAUUAACAAUUACAUCGAUCAAUCAACAAAACUUCAAUUGAUUCAUAUCGUUGAAAAUAAUCUUAUCACCAGUCAUGUCAAACAAAUGCUUUCGAAAAACUUUGAUGCACUCAUCAGUGAAAAUCGCUUUGCAUCAGUUGCAUUGAUGUAUGAUCUACUUGCUCGAGUAGGACCUGGUGGCAUCAAUGGUCUUCGUGAAGCAUUUGGAAACUACAUUAAAAUCACUGGUCGAGCGUUGGUCAUUGAUCCCGAGAAAGAUGACAAGUUGGUCGAUGAUUUACUCGAUUUCAAAGAAAAGCUCGAUCGAUUCCUUCAUGAAUGUUUUCAUGAUAAUGAAAAGUUUUCGAAUAUACUCAAAGAUUCAUUCGAAUAUUUUAUCAAUCAACGGGCAAAUAAACCAGCCGAGCUGAUUGCAAAAGCAGUUGAUGCAAGACUACGUACGGGAAAUAAAGAAGCAUCCGAGGAAGAAUUAGAAAAAAUCUUGGAUAGAUUGCUUAUUCUCUUUCGAUUCAUCCAUGGCAAAGAUGUUUUCGAAGCAUUCUAUAAAAAGGAUUUAGCUAAACGCUUAUUAGUCGGUAAAAGUGCAUCUGUAGAUGCCGAAAAAUCCAUGUUACUCAAACUGAAACAAGAAUGCGGAAAUGUGUUCACAAGUAAACUGGAAGGCAUGUUCAAAGAUAUGGAAUUAUCCAAAGAUAUCAUGACAGCAUUCGAUCAGUACAUGCAUGGCCGCGGGUCACCGGGAAACAUUGGAAUGUCUGUCUAUGUAUUAACAAUGGGAUUUUGGCCAACCUAUCCCACUGUCAGCGCAGUUCUUCCACCUGAAUUCUGUCGGUUGCAAGAAAUCUUUACUAGUUUUUAUCUAAGCAAACAUACGGGACGUAAAUUGCAAUGGCAAUAUACAUUGGAUCAUUGCUUACUAAAGGGAUGGCUUAAACAAAAGACGGCCAAAGAAUUUCAUGUAUCAUUGUAUCAAGCACUUGUUCUUUUACUUUUUAAUCAACAUCAAGAGCUCGCUUAUUCAGAUAUUCAAGAGCAAACUAAAAUUCCUGCAAUUGAAUUACAACGGACAGUACUAUCGCUAGCGUGUGGAAAGAUUCGUUUAUUAAAUAAGAAACCAUUGACAAAAGAAAUCAAUCCAGACGAUCGAUUUACACUGAAUACUUUAUUUGAUCAUAAAUUAAUUCGAAUAAAAAUCAAUCAAGUUCAAUUAAAAGAAACACCUGAAGAGAAUAAUUCAACAACUCAACGUGUUGUUCAAGAUCGACAUUAUCAAAUCGACGCAGCCAUUGUUCGUAUAAUGAAAACCCGCAAAACAUUAUCACAUAUUCAACUAAUUUCCGAAGUCUUUUCACAAUUGAAGUUUCCGAUACCAACAUCGAUGGUGAAAACACGUAUUGAAAGUUUACUUGAACGUGAAUACAUGAAACGAUCGACAGACAGUGCAAAUAUAUAUGAAUAUAUUGCAUAA